AUGGGAGGUGUUGGAUGGAGGAGACUUGGUUCCAAGCUGCGGCAGAGAUGGGGCUGGGAGAGCCGCCUCCGCGCCCGGGGCUUCUCCUCUGCUCCUGCCGUUCCACCCCCACCCCACAUGGAGAGUGUUGGAUUCAUAGGGCUUGGGAAUAUGGGCUCCCACAUGGCAAGGAACCUGCUGAGGGCUGGAUACAGAGUGUCAGUUCAUGAUAUAAAUGAGGAUGCCAUGAAGAAGUUCUCCGACGAUGGAAUUCCCACGAAGCAGUCGCCGCUUGAAUUGUCUAAGUCGAGCGAUGUCAUAAUCACCAUGCUACCUUCCUCUGCACAUGUCUUAGAUGUAUACAGUAGAGGGAACGGCUUGCUCGGUAAUGGGGGGCGCCUUGGACCGUGGUUAUACAUAGAUUCAUCUACAGUUGAUCCUCAGACAUCAAGAAAGAUAUCUAUGGACAUGUCAAGAUGCAGUUUAAAUGAAAAGAAAGGCUACGCCGAAAAACCGAUGAUGCUGGAUGCUCCUGUCUCUGGAGGUGUUCCUGCCGCAGAAGCUGGGACACUGACUUUCAUGGUGGGUGGUUUAGAAGAAACAUACAUAGCAGCAAAGCCGUUACUUCUCGCAAUGGGCAAAAAGCUGAUCUACUGCGGCGGGGCUGGAAAUGGCUCGGCUGCAAAGAUCUGUAACAAUAUGGCCAUGGCUAUCAGCAUGCUUGGAGUCUCUGAGGCCUUUGCUCUUGGUCAGAAUCUUGGGAUCAAAGCAAGCACUCUCACAGAUAUAUUCAAUUGCUCUAGCGCCCGUUGCUGGAGUAGCGACACAUAUAACCCAGUUCCUGGAGUAAUGACGGGCGUGCCAUCGUCGAGGAAUUAUGAUGGUGGCUUCACCUCCAAAUUAAUGGCUAAAGAUUUGGAUCUGGCCAUGGCCUCUGCAUCUGGAGUUGGCUUCAAAUGCCCCAUGGGUUCUGAAGCACUUGAGAUUUACCGGAAGUUAUGCGACGAGGGCUGUGAAUUCAAGGACUUCUCAUGCGCAUUUCGCCACUUUUACACCGGCAAGGAUGAGAAGUGA